UGACCUGUAUGUGUAAAAUGAGUGAAGAUCAUGCUCAAAAUAAAGAUUUGAUCUAGUAGGAUGUAGGAGUAUGAUGUACAUGCAGUAUACGGUCAUUCCAUAUUAUCAUUUUUGAGCAGAGUUUCAUACUAAAUGAUCCAAAAAACUUGUGGCCCUAAAGCUCCAAAUGCUCAAUGCAUGUUUUUGGGAGGUGGGGUCAGUGAGGGGGUGUGUCUGUGUUUUUGGAGCUGUACUUGAAGCUCAGGCAGCAGAGGCAGGCGAGCAGCCAGAGAGCGGACAUGGACAAGUGGGACUCGUGUGGCAGCAGCCCAGCCUUCCCACAGCCACAACGGAUGCAAAUACAGUUCAAUGACCAGAAGCACGAAUUCAACAAACGUCCCGCCAACACAGGUCGUCGCUCUUUGUCUAGAUCCAUCUCGCGGUCGUCUACUGACAGCUACAGUUCAGCGUGCAGCGAGAGCUCUGAGGACGAGUCCUCUCCCCGAGACAAACUUCAGGCGACCUCAAAAGGCCUUUCUGACUUCUGCAUCAAAAACAUCCAGCAGGCUGAAUUUGGACGCAGAGAAAUAACGAUCGCAGAGCAAGAAAUGCCAGCGCUGAUGAUCCUGAGGAAAAGAGCAGGAGGAGAGAAACCUCUGGCAGGAGCCAAAGUGAUGGGCUGCACACACAUCACACCACAGACAGCGGUGUUGAUGGAGACUCUCUCUCGGUUGGGGGCUCAGUGUCGCUGGGCGGCCUGUAACAUAUUCUCCACUCAGAACGCUGUGGCUGCUGCUCUGGCUGAAGGAGGCAUAUCAGUGUUUGCGUGGAAAGGAGAAUCAGAGGACGACUUCUGGUGGUGUAUUGACCGGUGUGUCGGAGCUGAGAGCUGGCAGCCCAACAUGAUCCUGGAUGACGGAGGCGACCUAACCCACUGGAUCCAGAAGAAGUACCCGAGCAUUUUCAAGAAGUUGAAAGGCAUCGUGGAGGAAAGUGUUACAGGAAUCUAUCGGUUAUACCAGCUGUCAAAGGCAGGCAGGCUGUGUGUCCCGGCCAUGAACGUUAACGACUCGGUGACUAAGCAGAAAUUUGACAACCUUUACUGCUGCAAGGAGUCCGUACUGGAUGGGUUGAAGAGAACCACUGACGUCAUGUUUGGAGGAAAGCAGGUGGUGGUGUGCGGAUAUGGGGAGGUUGGUAAAGGUUGCUGUGCUGCUCUGAAAGCGUUGGGUACUGUUGUCAACGUCACAGAAGCGGAUCCCAUUUGUGCCCUUCAGGCCUGCAUGGAUGGCUUCAGAGUGAUUAAACUGGGUGAAGUGGUCAGACAGGUGGACAUGGUCAUCACAUGCACAGGCAAUAAAAACGUGGUUGGUAGGGAACAUAUGGACAGAAUGAAGAAUGGCUGCAUAGUCUGCAACAUGGGACACUCCAACACUGAGAUAGAUUUGGUGAGUCUACGAACAGCGGAGCUGAGGUGGGAGCGUGUGAGGCCUCAGGUGGAUCAUGUUAUCUGGCCUGAUGGCAGGAGAAUCGUCCUGCUGGCUGAGGGCCGUUUGCUGAAUCUGAGCUGCUCCACAGUGCCCUCUUUUGUCCUCUCCAUCACUGCUACGACUCAGGCUCUGGCUCUCAUAGAGCUUUACAGUGCUCCAGAAGGACGUUACAAACAGGACGUCUACCUGCUGCCAAAGAAAAUGGAUGAAUAUGUGGCCAGUCUUCACCUGCCAACGUUUGAUGCUCACCUCACAGAGCUGACUGAUGAACAGGGCAAGUACCUAGGCAUCAGCAAACAUGGACCCUACAAACCCAACUACUACAAGUACUAACCCUCUGGGUAUAAAGCUAUUGUGGAUUUGAUAUUGGAUGAAAACCUGCAGACAGAGCUCUGACGCCCUCUACAGUCCCACACUGACACAGACACGAUGUUACACAAACUUUGACUGAUUGUUUGUGUAUGGGUUUUAUUUAUCAACUAUUUCUGGUUAUGAAAGUUAAUAGUAUCAAGAAUGUAACCACAUUGAAUUAUUAAUUUAAUGUUAACAAGUCAUAAUAGUAAAAAAUACAUACAAAUUCUGAAUGGGAAUUAUUUAUUCAAUUGUUUGAAAAUAUAAUGUACUUACCGGAGCAGCAAUCGUUAAUGUAUUUUUAGGAGACCACAAGUAGAAUGAUAAGAAAUAAUUGAACAGUAGUGUUAGUCAUACUUGAUGCUUUUCCCAAUUGUGUAAAACCAUUACAACAGCAUGGACAGUAUUUUAAGGUUAAUGUCAAUGUUCAUUACAAAGACACAACCUCACAGGUUUUCAAUGAUUUAUGGUCAAACCUACAGGGCGAAGAAUGUAAAAACGUUGUUACAAUACAUUUUGAGACCUUUCAUAGAAAUUCAUCUAAAAAAUUAUGUUAUCAAUAAUUGUUCAUUUCAUUAAAUAAAUACAUUUUAAAUGUUAA